AUGAGCUCUACCCCGGACAACGCGCAGUCGAAGAAACGAGAAUCCCGUGCGGGGACUCGUAAAGUGACAACUCUUUCCGCUGAACAGUUGGCCAGGAAACGCGCCAACGAUCGAGAGGCACAAAGAACCAUCCGUCAGCGUACGAAGGAACAUAUCGAGCGACUGCAGAGUCAGGUCGCGGAGCUUCAGGCCAAGAACCAGCAAUAUGAUGAUGUCCUACGACGUAAUGCUGUCCUGGAGCAGGAGAUCAAAGGCCUGAGACAACAACUGACCAUACUCACCGGCGAGCAAGGAUAUUCCAAUGUCGCAGAAGGACCCUAUAACAGCCCUUCAGGGGCCCAGUCUUCCGCCCAUUACUCUGACUCCUUGAAUGUACCUCCAGUGUCGCGAGCCCCCUCGGUUCUUUCCGCGUCCAGCCAAGUCUCUGUAGCGCCAGAGUGGCAGGCGUAUGGGUCGACUCGGUCCUCGUCCAUAUGCGAAUCAUCAGAGGCAGACUACACCAAUCGGACCGCUGAACCCUAUCGGUUCGAGGGUCAAAUUCAACAACCCGCCAAUACACUGUCAGGCCCUAUGCCUCACGUCAACUUCAACCCCCCAAGCGCCGCUCAUCCGCCCGCGCCCCCUUUUCAGACCUAUCCACAGUACUUCCGAGCCAGCGGCCCUGAGGGCACACAUGGAGAGCACCUCCUACGGAAUCCCCAGCCAGCCACGCCAUACGUACCUGGCCAGCCGUCCCUGCCGAUGCCCGAAGUAUCCUCGGAAAGAGGAACUGGGUACCCUGUCCUUCAAAACUCACAGCAUUACCACCAUCCCCCAAAUCAACCGGGAAAUAAUCAAGGCUAUGGUUACGGCUGGCCUCCUCAGUCUUGA